AUGCGUUCUCGUCGACAGACCGUCUCCGACGCGGUCAGUGUGCUCGGUAUGGAUCCGUGGAAGGAUGAUCGAGUACGCGAUUUUGUUGCCAUCAACACAAUUCAGCGGCUGCGCGCGUACCACUUGCCAGCCAGCGCGCCAAUGCCCGUAGUCGAGGAGAUCAACACGGCACGUGCACUGAACCUCAUACUUCUGCCGAGGGCUGUUCCUGACUACCGGCCUUGCCUCGGCGAGCAGCCCCCGUCGCGUGCACAGCUGCGCGCACGGCGGCGUGCGAAGGAAAGACAGGAGAGGCAAGAGCUUCGCCGAGGGCAGCAGGAGGGGGAUGGUGGGGAUGGGCAGGGAGGUAGUUUAUCAGAGUCCUCCUCCAGUUCCGACGAUGGGAGCAGCGUCGGCGGCGAUACAGUCGCAGAGCACGGCACCACCAUGCCAAUGACUAACCCGUCAUUUCACACAGACACCAUCACCCCCAACAAGCGAUCAGGGUCCCGCUCUCCGAUGGCUUCCGGUUCCUUCAUCGCCGCGACUCCGUCCACGCAGUGCGCCAUCGACCGUGCGCGUUCGAUCUUCUUCGGCGCGUUGUCUUUUACCUCCUCGACCUCGCCGCGGCGGCUCGUGAACUCGCCUCAUGUCCCGCUGACUCCGUCGACACCGUCCACGAUGGUUCUUGCCGGCUCGUCAGACAUGCAUGUUCCCCGCUCUCCCGAAGAAGCUCUUCUCAGCACUACGGCCAGUCCUCUUUCGUCCGAUACGAGGGUGGCCCAACGCCUGGGUGGAAGGGAAGUGGUUGCUGCAGCUACGGAAGACGACUCGACGACGGCUGUGCCGCCUGUACUUCCUGCACUGUCGGCUACCAGGUCACUUGGCAUGGAGCUGGACGCUUACACGGAGGCAAACAGCACACCACUGCGUCCGCCGCCACCGAUGAGGCACACCGGUGUUUUUACUGAAGCGCAGGCAAACGAAACAGCGCAUACAGCCACCUCUGCGGAGUUUAACGCCAGCAAGUCGGGUAUGUCGCCGAACACCUUCGUGGUUGCAUCCCAUGAAGCAUCUACGCCGACAGCUGAUGUGCUGUGCGAGAGCACUCCUGCCAAAGCAGCUGCAACGGCCAGCCCUUCGGCCACAGAACAGCUUCCAGCUGCGCUACAGGCGAUACCGGCUGCUGUUGGACCUCUUCUUCCCAAACUGGUGGGAGCAGAAGGGGACGGGGCCACACCUCCGCCCCCCAGACACGGCCGAAGCAGCAGCGGCGGCGCCGCGGACAUUAUGCACGCAUGCGACGCUUGCGACGCCAUCAUUCAGUAUUAUCAAUCCAUGUUGACGAGAGGUGUCGUGCUGGACCGCUACAACCAUAAGGAUCUCGCCUUUGUGUGGUGGGUGCUGGGGCGAAAUAUGGACGUCGCCGCCCUCGAAAAUUGUGGCCCGCUGCGACGCGAGGCACUCAUGAUCACCCUGAGGAACUUCUACUACACGCUGCUAUCGACGGAGGAGGCAAAAGCGAAGGCAGCAGCGGCUGAGGCGGAGAAGAGUCACAUCGAGCGAGGGGAGCUAGAGAGAGUCGGUGGCGCCGCUCUAUCAGCAGCUCCCGGCGACCAAGUGAGUUUGCCCAUAUCGGCUGACGCGACAGCGACUGGGGAUGAUCAUGGCGUGGCCAAGGACACGGAGGAGCACGCGAUGGGUGCGAGCGGCAAGGCCACUGCACACAGUAGCAGCGCCGCGGCUGCAUGCGCAGCUGCAUCUGUGAUUUGCAGGCCCUCUCAGACCUGCACUCGUGACUCUUACAAGACCAGCGCGAGUGUGGCACCUGCGACAUCACGUCGACGUAAGAACUCAUCAGUAGGAACUGGGAGAGGGAGUGACACCACGACGUUGAAGCGGAGCCGCCCCGAUAAGCCUUUCGUCUCGUCCAAGAGUUGUAACAAGGAACUCGACGGGAACCCUGUCGAGGAGGACGGCGGCACCGGGAACGACAAGACUGAUGAGCAGGAGCUGUUGCCGGCGAUGCCGACGCGAGGGCGGAGCAGAGCCUCACUGCUUCCGAAGAAGGCGCACAAGAAGGGCACCACACCAGAGUCAAGGCGUCGCACAGUGGCUGGUGGGGCUCCUGGCAACAGUGGCAGCGAAGGGGAAAAAGGCCUCGCUGUCACGCUGUGUGUGGAAGGUGACGAGGAGACGGCGUCGGCUGCCGCGCCAGAAGGCUCUGACAACGUUCUUGACAGGAAGGCUGAUACGCUUCACAUGCGGAUCGAGAGCGGCACCGCGUCCCUCGUGAGUUUGGCGACCGUGUCACGUGCAGGUAGUGUGGCGCAGAGCAGCACUGGUAAGUCCCACCGCCAUCACCGCUGUGCUGCCGAGCGCAACAAGAUCAUCGAGGAGACGUGGAUCUCUACACGAACCGAAAGGCGUACUGCAGCGAUCAAGGUAGCCACGAAGUUGGAACUGCAUGGCGGCGCCGAAGCCAUGACCAACCGAAAGCCGAUGGAAGCGGGGCCCUCCGCCGCUGCGUCGCGAGCGUCGAGGACGGCAACGGCCAAGUCGUCGAAGGAAAAGACUUUUGCUACCGCUGCAGUGAAGGACGUGGAUGACACGGCGGCAUCCGUGGCACCGUCGGCACCCUCCAGCGGCAGCGCCACAUCCAAGGUGCAGCGCAGGAACAACACCGCUUUGAAGCGGGAACGCAGUCCCAGCCGCGAGUCUUCCACUAGCGAAAGCCAUGGGAGCCACAGCAGCGGCGGUGGCGGCGACGUGGCGCCUACAACAGGGGAGGCGAGUGGGCACACCACCGAAGUACCACACCCGGCGUCGUACGAAAGGGUCCGUCGGGGAAAAAAUACAACUGCGGCUCGCGCGAAGGCGUCCGCGGUGAGGGCGGAGAAGGCGAGUGCCUCCUCUGCUGCAGCCACGACUACCUCGACGAAAGCCGGGCGCGGUGAGGAGCACCGAGGACGCCCUCGUGGCAGCUUCAAGACACCACGCAUCAGCCCCCCGGCGAUUGAGGAUCAGGGGAACUGCGGGCUCGUGAGUGUCGCGCGGAGCAGCCAGCGGCGGCGUGAUGGUGGAGCGCCCUCCACUACCGUCCUCACAGGGGCCUCGUCGGAGAUGGCUGUUCGUGACCAGCGCUUCGAUGCGGUCGGCAUUGCUGUUGCCUCUCCCUUCCCUGAGCCGUUCAAGGAUGGCGAGGGUGCGACCCCGUUCGAGUUCCCUGUAUCCGAGAUUCCGCUACGCCUCACACCGCACGAACGCGCUGUGCGCUCGCGCAUUCAACAACGCAUGGGCAUGCCUCUGCCAGCACCACCACCACGCCGCUCUGCAGGCCCCAUCUCCCGAGACUCCAACAUCGACGCACAGUGGCCCACAGUGUAUUCAUCCUACACCUUCCUCCUCUCCUCAUUCAGAACAGCGGCAUCAACGCAGCACAGUUAUGGCGGCAGGAGUCACGAGCGGCGGGCGAUCACCGCUCCCUUUCUCUGGUACGGGCAGGCCAUCUCACCUGUUGUGGCGAGUGAGUCGACAUCCACCAGCAGUAGCGGUGUCGGCUACCGCAGGCCAGCAAGUGAGAAGACGGUAGCGGUGGCAGUCACCUCCACGCGGCAGCGCGGCCGAAAGCGCAGGAUCGAGGGUGGCGUUGAUCCAAGUUUGCGUGGUAACGUUCUCUGGCAUGAUCAGGCCGCAUUGGAGCGACUGGUGAAUGGGCGGCUGGCACAGGUAGCAGAGUUGGGGCAGGCUGCCGUGUCCCGUGUCGUCAGAGGCGGUCAACCAAAAUACUGUGCUGCAUGGUCAGUUAUUGCUCAUAUGAAACAGGAGCAACGCAGCGGCAGCGAGGAAGAAGAGAAGAAUGAUGAUGAGGCCCAUGCUAAGAGGGAGGCGGCGGCGGCCGUCCCCGCCGUCGGCUCACCAGUGCCGCUGACUGGCUCGUCUCCCGUUGUAGCCGCUACCACAUCAUUUGACAGAGUGUUGAGGACAGGAAAAGAUGAAGCUGCCACUGGUGUAGAGGCGCCUCUGCCUGAGCAGCACCCCAACAACUCAGCGCAGCAUGUGCUGUCGCCGCAGACGUCCGACUUUGGUGACCUACCGUAUGCUCAGCAGUGUCUUCUUGUGUGGUCCGCCGCAGGACUGCUGGAGCGGCACGCACAUCAACGCCAGAUGGCAGCGGCUCGACGGGAGCGCUUCCUGGCGCGAUGCGGCCGCAUGGCUACUCGGCGGAUGGCUGCCCGUGUCGCUGCCGUCAUGCAGAGCGGCAUUACGGACGGGGAUGGGUGCGGCAAUGCUGAGGAUGUUGCCACACAACUGGCUGGCGAGCUCGGGGGAAGCGAUGUGGACAGCAAUAGCGGUGCGAGUGAAGAGGAGAGCAAUGUGUCGGAGGAAGAAAGAGCUGUAGCGGAGAAGGCAUGCAGCUGCCUUCUUGGGCGGCCGAGCAAGGCUUCACGCAAGGCCGAAGUCGAGGAACACCCCAGUCACCUCGGGCGUACGAGUAACCAGUCUACGACUUCGCGCUCCUCCUCUGCCGCCUCGUCGUCCACGUCCUCGGAGGAGCGUCUCUGUCGUUCCAUACGCCCGCUACCACGCCGUGUGUAUGAUUACUGGGCCGCCUAUCGGAGUGCCAGUGACAGUGGGUGA